AUGGUUCCACCACCGAGCCCCCGGCCGUGGGCCCCGGCGGCUAUCGGAGGAGCCACCAGGGCCGACCACAUGCUGGCCCGGCGAGGCGGGGGCGGGGUGUACGAGCAGCCCCUCGCCAGCAAGCCCGUCAGCGUGCUCCUGGCCAUCGUGGGGUGCUGCGUGCUGUCGUGCUGUCUCAACUUUGACGAUAACGAGCUGGAUGAGAUUGCCGUACAUACAAUGGAGUAA